ACUUACCCAGGUAUCCAGGUACAUAUGGCCGCUACAGGUGGGCACAUACCACCUACUGCCCAGUGCUGAUGCGCUGGAAAGAUAGCGCGGCUGGGCACUGGCUUGGCUGGGCUUGAGUGGCUAGAACCCCUCGCAGCCCUGUAGGUACCUACAGGUACCUAUUUGAGAUCCAUCUUAUCCGCUUAUAUCAGCUUAUCGGCUUAUCGAACCCCUCGUCCAUCUGACUGCCCCUCCAAAAAGCUGGCCGAUCAGCCCCGAAGCCAUGCACGUAUCCCGAGUGACUCAGUAUUCAAGCCAAAUAAUUGAAUAUAAACAUUUACGCGACUACAACGAGCUUCGUGCGAUUCCCUCUCCGCUCUAUUUCUUAAGCAGGGUCUUGCCAUGGCUGCCAAAUCCACCGAAGAGAGGCUUGCCCUCAUCAAAGAGAAUCUUGCCGAGUUCCUCAAUCCCGAAAUCAUCGAGGCCGCCAUCAACGAGGGGCGCAACCCGAGGAUCUAUUGGGGAACUGCCACAACCGGCCGACCUCAUGCCGGAUACUUAGUGCCUGGUGUCAAAAUAGCCCAAUAUGUGGCUGCUGGCUGUGACAUGGUCAUCCUCCUUGCCGACAUUCACGGCUUUCUCGACAAUUUGAAGGCACCCCUCGAACUCGUUAACCGGCGUGCCGAGUACUACAAGUUCACCAUAACGGCACUGCUGAAGGCCUGUGGCGUGUCAACCGACAAAGUGACAUUUGUCCUUGGUAGCUCUUACCAGAAGAGCCCCGAAUACAUCAUGGAUGUUUACAAGUUGUGUUCAUUAACAUCGGAACACGAUGCGAAAAAGGCUGGCGCCGAGGUUGUCAAGCAGUCCGCUAACAGCCCCUUGAGUGGACUACUCUACCCUAUCUUGCAAGUAUUGGAUGAGCAAUACCUGGAUGUAGACGCUCAGUUUGGCGGUCUGGACCAGCGAAAGUUGUUCACUGCCGCCAAAGAGUGGCUGCCGAAACUUGGGUACAAACAGCGUGCUCAUCUGAUGAACGAUAUGAUUCCUGGUCUUCAAGGCGGCAAAAUGAGCUCAAGCGAUGAGAACUCAAAAAUUGAUCUUCUAGACCCGCCGGAUGUCAUCACCAAAAAGAUCAAGAAAGCAGAAGCGGCGCCGCGCGUUGCCGAAGGAAAUGGUCUUUUGGCCUAUGUCGAAAAUGUUUUCCUUCCAGUAGCUGAGCUCAAAGGAAAGCGCGAAUUUAUUGUCUUGCGAGAACGAGACGGUUUAGAGCCUCUUGUUUACACGGACAUUGCCCAAAUUCGCAGCGACUACGAAAAUGACGUGCUCACACCCCAGCUCCUAAAACCUGCCGUCAUCAAGGCGUUAUGUGACAUUUUGAUACCCAUUCAAGAAGAAUACAAUGCAUCGAAAGAAUGGCAUGAGAUCGAAUUAUUAGCUUACCCGCCACCGGAGAAGAAGGCAAAGAAAGUCAAGAAGAUAGGCACUCGCUACCCAGGCGCGACCCAAGACGACGCCACGCCUAAUGCUGCUACCUCUGAUAACACUGACGGCGUAGCUAAGCUGAACCUAGAAUCUAAUAAAUAAGAAGACUGAAGGAAGCCUCUAGCGGAUUCACAGGGUCAAGCCUAUAGUCACAAUGGAAUAGAUGUGAUAUGUUGGAUUUAGAUAGAGGGGAAGAUAGAGGAGAGAAGGGCGGUCACCAAAAGCAUACAAAACCUAGAGAGCAUUGCGAUCAAAUUGAGCAAAGUUCAAAUACCCCCCUCCGUCUUGUAGCUCGGUAUCUACAAAAUGAAACCAUACAAGCGA